GACGGUUGACGCCAGGCCCUGCCCUCCUAGAGCACCGCGAACCCGGAGUUGAGAGGAGGGGCGAGGGCGCAUGGAUCCGGUUUGAUCACGCGCAUCACAUCAAUCUCACUAGAUGUUAUAGUUGGUGGUUUGUCAAACACCUACAGGCCGGGUUCGAGGACAACUCUCCACUAGGAUUGGUCACAGUACUGGACAUCCAUCUCACUAUAUGUUCUAGUUCGUGGUUUAUAGAACACCUACAGGUUCCAGGAUAUAUAAGUCUCCACUCCAGUCGAAGGGAAUGGCGGAGGCAAUACUUUCUGCUGUGACAAAGAUUGGGAUGAUUAGUGCAAGCAAAGCGGCCGCAGCUGUCGGAGAUCAGUUGGCGAAGAGGGUUAAUGGACUAAUAGAAUUGCCAGGAAAGAUCAAAAUGAUUGAUAAAGAGCUAAGGAUGUUGAAUGGUGUAAUUCAAGAUUUGGGCAGCUCACAUCUCAGCAACAAUGUUAUCAAGGAGUGGAUUACAGGCGUGAGGAAUCUGGCCUACCAUGUUGAAGAUGUAGUUGACAAGUACUUGUAUGAGGCUGUUAAGGUCAACGAAGAAGACUUUCUAAGUCGGUACGUGUUCAACAUGGGAGGUGCACGUAACGCUAUUGUUUUCAGUAAGAUUGUCGUUGAGGUAGCAGAGAUAGAAAACGAGCUCAAGCAAGUCAAAGAGAAUCAAACUUACUGGACUAAUGCAAUUGUGCCUGUAAACAAUGAUCGUGCAGAGAUUGAUAGGCAGCGGUCUGGAGGCGGCUUUCAAGGGCUUUUUUGUGAUGAGGAUCUAGUGGGAAUUGAUGAGAACAGGAGUAAGUUGACUGAAUGGCUGAGCACCGAUGAGAAAGACAGCACGGUCAUAACAAUUUCUGGAAUGGGAGGCUUGGGGAAAACAACCCUUGUGAGAAAUGUGUAUGAUCGGGAGAAAGGCAACUUCCCUGGUGGUCAGGCUUGGAUUGUGGUGUCACAGAAAUAUGAUGUAGUUGAUCUGCUGACCAAACUGCUCUCCAAGAUAGGCCAGUCACAACCUGUUAGUGCCAAACCAGAUGUUGAUGACUUAACAGAUGCAAUACAGAAGACACUACAAUACAAGAAAUGUUUGAUCGUCCUUGAUGAUGUGUGGAAUGAAGAAGCAUAUAAUCAGAUGCGCAAUGCAUUCAAGGGUUGCCAAGGAAGCCGUGUUAUGAUCACAACCCGGAAGGAAAAGGUUGCAGCUAUUGCUCAUAACGGUCGUCGCAUGAUAGUCCAGCCACUGGGUAGCGCCGAAUCAUACAAGCUCUUCUGCUCAAGGGCUUUCCACAACACCAGCCCUGACCCUGACCGCAAGUGCCCUCCGGAGCUUAGGUGCCCUCCAGAGCUUGAGACAGUGGCUGCUGCUAUUGCUGAGAGGUGUCAUGGCCUGCCAUUGGCCAUUGUAGCUUGUGGUAGCCUUUUGUCCAAGAAGGAACCAACAGAGCACGCCUGGGACCAGAUGUACAAUCAACUCAGGAGCAAACUGCAGGAAAACAACCAUGUGCAAGCUAUUCUUAUUCUGAGCUAUCAUGACUUGCCAGGUAAUCUCAGGAACUGCUUCCUGUACUGCAGCUUAUUCCCUGAAGACUAUCCCAUGCCACGGGAGAGCCUUGUGCGAAUGUGGGUUGCCGAAGGAUUUGCGAUCAGGAAAGACCAGAGCACGGCAGAGGAAGUGGCGGAGGACAAUCUCAUGGAACUGAUAAGCCGGAAUAUGUUGGAAGUGGUGGAGAAGGAUGAGCUCUCUAGGGUCACUACCUGUAAGAUGCAUGACAUUGUCCGAAGCCUGGCUCUUGAUAUCGCAAAAGAAGAGAGGUUUGGCUCCGCGAAUGAUGAGGGUGAGAUGAUUAACACGGAUACAGAGGUUCGCCGUUUCUCGACAUGUGGUUGGAAGGGUGACGGCAGUAGGCCAGCUGCUGCUGGAGUGAAAUUCCCGCGACUCCGGACCGUAAUGUCGAUUGCCUCCUCUACCAGCAUGAUUUCCUCAAUUUUGUCUGGAUCCAACUACCUUACUGUUCUUGAGCUCCAAGACUCUGGAAUCAGCCAGUUGCCAGAAACCAUCGGAAAUCUGUUCAAUCUCCGGUACAUCGGCUUAAGGCGUACCAAUAUCGAGUCGCUGCCAGACAGUAUUGAAAAACUCUCAAACCUCGAGACCCUGGACAUCAAGCAAACAAAAAUAGUGAAGCUACCACCAGGGAUUGUGAAGGUUGAGAAGCUACGCCACCUUUUUGCUGACAGGUUUGCUGAUGAGAGGCAGACGGAGUUCAGAUACUUUGUUGGAGUGGAAGCGCCUAAGAUGAUUUCCAACUGUCAUGAUCUGCAGACUCUCGAGACCGUCUGUGCCAGUAAAGACUUGUCGCAGCAACUGAGGAAAAUGACCAAGUUGCAGACUGUUUGGAUUGAUAACAUCAAUGCAUCCAACUGUGAAGAUCUUUUCGAGGCCCUCUCAUAUAUGCCACUACUGUCAAGCGUACUACUCUCUGCAAGUGAUGAGAAGGAGACACUUUCAUUCGAAAAGCUCAAGCCAAUUUCAACCAAGCUCACCAGGCUGAUCGUCAGAGGCGGCUGGGCACAUGGGACACUCAACUGCCCGAUAUUCCAGGGUUCUGGGAGGUACCUCAGGUAUCUGGCCCUAAGCUGGUGCAACCUUGGGGAAGAAGACCCGCUGAAGCUGCUGGCAUCUCAAGUGCCAGCUCUCACUUAUCUCAGCCUCAACCGGGUGAGUAGUGCAGCUAUAUUGGUUCUUUCUGCAGGGUGCUUUCCUAAACUGAAGACACUCGUCUUGAAGAAUAUGCCCAAUGUCAAUCAACUGGUGAUCGAGGACAAUGCCAUCCCGACCAUUCACGGGAUCUACAUCGUGUCACUCCGUGAGAUGAACAUGGCCCCUCAUGGCAUCGACUCCCUUGGGUCCCUGAAGAAGCUCUGGCUGCUGGGUCUGCACAGGGACUUCAAGGCUGACUGGGAUCUGAAGCAGAUGCACAACAAACUGAAGCACGUUCCGGAGCUCCGUUCUUAAUUGCCCAAGAGCCGCAUGCAGUCUACCUCCCACCUUCGGUAAGAAGAAGAAGUCACAUUUUAUUUCCCUACACAUUUCAAGCAGAUGAUACUGUGAAGUCUGUGAUGGUAUCAUCUAUCAGCAGAUGCUUCGUUGUUUGAUUAUUUGCAACGAGACCUACCAACGGUUCUGUAAUAAUUCAUAUCCUGGAACACGGGCAUUACAUUCCGUGCAUGCCAGCAGGAACUAGAAUUAUUCGAGUUUGUUUCAUUAUACUAUCAGUUUAAUUUCAUAAUUUGUUUGCAACUGUGUGUAUCAUGCAAUGCUUGUUGUUUCUGUAACAAGUCAUGAACAAUGUUAUAUGAGCUUAAUUUCUUUACAUGA